CUUUAUUCAAUAGUUUGCGCUUGCGCGACUAUUACCUGUAUCGAAAAUGUUGAACUUGAAACGCUUUGUGUACUUCGGGUGCUAAAAGCACCAACCAUUUUAUGUGAUGGAUGAUCCUGGAAGAAUGAUGGGGCACGCGGGAGGCGGGUUAAUGCCUCCACAACCGUACGGAAUGAACCCUCAGGGCGAUGCCCCAACCGGUGGAGAAAAUGAACCGCGUAAACAGGACAUUGGGGAAAUUUUGCAACAAAUUAUGAAUAUAACUGAUCAAAGUUUGGAUGAAGCACAAGCUCGAAAGCACACAUUAAAUUGCCACCGAAUGAAACCGGCUUUGUUUUCGGUCCUUUGCGAGAUUAAGGAAAAAACUGUUCUUUCGUUGAGAAAUACUCAAGAAGAGGAACCGCCCGAUCCUCAACUGAUGCGUCUCGACAAUAUGUUAAUUGCCGAAGGAGUUGCCGGACCGGAAAAAGGUGGCGGGGUUGGUGCGGCAACGUCGGCAUCAGCUGCUUCACAAGGAGGUCAACCUGACAAUGCAAUUGAACACUCGGAUUAUCGUGCAAAAUUAGGCCAGAUUCGCCAGAUAUACCACCAGGAAUUGGAAAAAUACGAACAAGCCUGCAAUGAAUUUACGACCCACGUCAUGAAUCUCUUACGUGAACAAUCUCGCACAAGACCGAUAACUCCGAAGGAAAUCGAGCGCAUGGUUCAAAUUAUACAUAAAAAAUUUAGUUCUAUACAAAUGCAACUUAAGCAAUCGACCUGUGAAGCUGUAAUGAUUUUACGUUCACGUUUUCUAGAUGCCCGUAGAAAGAGAAGAAAUUUCAGUAAACAGGCGUCCGAAAUAUUGAACGAAUAUUUCUAUUCCCAUUUGUCAAACCCGUAUCCUAGUGAAGAAGCGAAGGAAGAGCUCGCUCGGAAAUGCAGCAUAACAGUUAGUCAAGUUUCAAAUUGGUUUGGUAAUAAACGCAUCAGGUACAAGAAAAAUAUAGGUAAAGCACAAGAAGAAGCUAAUUUAUAUGCAGCUAAAAAGGCAGCUGGCGCUUCUCCUUACAGCGGUACCCCCACACCAAUGAUGUCGCCAGCUCCGCCGCAAGAUUCAAUGGGUUAUUCGAUGGCGUCUGCGUAUGACCAGAGCUCUGCUUACGACGCCAGCAGCUGUGGUUACGAUCCUGGAAUGCAUCAGGAGUUGUCUCCUUGAAUCCGAACGCUGGCAUUGAACAAUAAUACUUAAUACGCAAGUAUACUACUUCAUGUAUACCAUUACUAAGUAUACAAUUCAUUUAUUUUGUAUUGUGCAUUAUGCAACUUAAGAUUUUUCCGGCAUCUCCUGGAACAGUCAAACCAGUAUUUAUUUUUAUUAUUCUACUGUGAUACAUUAACAGUAAAUCGGAUCAUUUGACUGUCUCAUAUUUCAUACACUUUUACUUGUAUGUUUUUAUUUUAUGACUGAGCCAGUGGGUGUUUUUUAAGCUUAAAAACAUAGAGAAGCGUCUAUGUUUGUCUAAUUAAGUGAAAUUGCUUUUAUAAUAAUUUUAUGUAUUUAAUUAUUGUAGAUGAGAGUAGGUAUGUGUUAGAUUUGUUUGUCUGUCUGCUUUUAAUGAAAAUAAUUGAAAUUCAAUACAAUCUAUCUGAAAGCAUUUACAAGCAUACUUUAUCAUCUUCUGAGCCAAACCCAACGUUAUGUGAAGUUCUAAACUUAUUUGCUACUGAAGUGAACUGAUCUAAUUAAAUAGAACAAGCUUUAUCAGUAUUUUCACUUAACCUGAGCUUAAUUUGAUCUGGUUCAGAUAUUCUCUUGUGUAUGUUGACAAAAAAGCAUUGCUGUGGGAGUAGUUUAGCUGUAUCAGUAAUUUUCAAAAGAGUGUAAUGUAUUUGAUUUGAGUAACAGAGCUACUACUUUAUUGACCAAAUUACUUAUAGCGUUUUCGACUUGCUGCCCUCUGUCGGCCGAAAUUGACUUUUUUUACUAUUGGCGUUUUUUUAGAGAAGGAAAGAGUGAUAAUGAUCGUAAAGUGAAACCCACAUUUGUUUGUUAUUUCACCGAAAACUAACCUAUAAUUACCUGUGAAACGAUCUACUUUCGAGUGUUUUUUGGCUAACACUGCACUACAAUGUACCAUUGUCCAAUAAUGUUUUUAAUCGCACACUUCGAGUCUUAAGGAUCGCAUAAUCACGAAAAUGAAAAAUUAAACAAACUUUGGCUCUGAAAAUAUGGCCGCCCCAGGCUUCAUCGCGCAGCAUUGCCCUUGAUAGGAUAUUAUCAGUCCUCUUCCUUUCAUAGUCUAAGGGCGUUUUCCACUUGUUCAGUCGCUCUGCAAAAUUGCGGUCUAAAUGCGCAUGUUGUAGAAUUGUGGUAAAGCUUCAGAGAGCAGAGUUCUGAGCGCUGUACAUAACCUUAAAAGUUUCUCUUCAAAACACCUUUUUUCACAAGGUUUUUAAUUUUUUGCAAUUGAUGACUUGUAGUGUAUUGACAACUGUGUAAAAGAACGACUGUUUCAUUGUCAAAAUCGACUUGAAGGUUGUUGUAUGUGCCCCUGUAGAACUGCACAUGAUUACUAUUAUCACAGUCUACAUACAAAGCUAUUAUUCCUUUCAUACUUUCUACUGCUCCAAAGUAGUGCAAUUUUUUUAUUGCUCCGAGAAAGUGUGUGAUAACAAUAAGGAGGGUGCCAAUGCGUAAUACUAAUCCAUCAGUGGAAAACGCUAUUAAGCAUGAUGUUCUCCGUGCAACAUCACUUAUUUCCUACAAAUAAAUAUAAAUUUAAAAAUUGAAUGUUAAAUGGACUCUAAAUCAAACAUAUUGCUAUAUUAAGCGUAAAGAGGAUAACUGCAAUUAUUUAAGUUACAGUAUUCUAAACCAAUAACAAGAAUUCAUUAUCAAAACUUACUCUUGUGGAUGAACUAAAAAUUCAAAUCAAAGCAGUGUAUAAAUCUGCUCUCAUUUAGCCACUUGGGAUAAUAAAAAGCUUUUGAUUUGAGUGCGUGAAGCUCUGGUGCAGUUUGUUCGGAGCAGCUCGUUUUGCAAGUUGUUCAUUUUGCACACAUUUGAAUUGAUAUUCACAGUACGUAAAUAACCACAAAAGUGUUUCAAGCCCCAAGCAAAUAGGUGGUGCAUGAAGGGACAAGGGAAAUCCAAUUUCGAGCGCGUCAGAGCUUGAAACUUUCUUAAAAGGAACACAGGGCAUCUUGCACGGUACAGCUCAGAGCUCCUCUUUCACUCAAAUGGAAAGCAGUAGUUAUUAGUUAAGAUAGUCAACUUACGAAAACAAGACAAACAAGCAAAUCUACUAGUUUAACUUUCUUUUGUAAUUACAGUAUUACAAACAAUUUUAAAUUAAAUUAUUUAAACGGU